AUGGUCAGAAGAGAGCUGAUUGUUCAAAGAACUGUGGAUAAGAAUCAACUGAACUCCGUUUGCGACAUCUUGCCCUUGCUGAAUGAAGUUGGUCUUUUGAAAAUUGUUACAGAUGUUUGCCCUUACUCCAAGCUGCUCACAUAUGAGUUCUAUUGCAAUCUCAGUGAUGAGAUUGACAGUCUCACAGGGCCACGACCGAUGCAAAUCUUCAUCAGAGGGAAGUGGUAUGAUUUUGGGCCAGAUGUGAUAAAAAAAUACUAUGGCUUGCCUACAGUGCAAGAAGAAGCUAUUACUGAAUGGGAUGUGGUGGCCAAAACUCUUACUGGUGGACAUACUACAUCUUGGCCUACGGGAGAUAAGGACUAUUUGCUGAGCUCGCAUCUCACGUCUGGAUAUGUCAUCCUACAUCACCUGGCUCUGCACAACUUGCUUCCAUCAGCGCAUUUCAACACGGUUGGCAAGCUUCUGGCAGGGUUCUUAUUUAGAAUUGGAACUAAGAUGCAGUGUGAUAUGGGCAAAUGGAUUUUUUAUCAUGUUCUAACUCUGGUUCAUCCCCGGGAACAGAAGGGUCUUAAGCCUAUGCCCAGCGAAGUGAUCAGUCCGACGCUGCUAUACACUGUUGAUAAACGUCUUCUUUCUGGAGAUCAUAUUAAUGAUGUCGUUCCUGUGACUGCCCCAUCUAAUUCGGAACCUGAUGCUGUGAAUGAUGACUCUCCACAUGCUAAAGAUGAGAGGCUUUCCGAACAAUUGAAGGCGCGAGUUGAUGAUCUUGAGACGGUGCACGGUAUCAUUGCCAAGCAACUGUCUGGUGCGCGCACUGAGCUAGCUACUGUUCUUCUCCGCAUGAGCCUGUCUGAUACUGCUGCUGCUGCUGAGGAUCCCGUGAAGUCUGACUGUGACUCUUCCUCAAAUUCUUAA